AUGCACUUGAACCGGACAGUGUUCGAAAGUUCAUGGACUGGCUCCUUGAUCUCCGAGAAAUUGAGAAUCCCCAGGUGUCUAUUUCCUGCGGACUUUGGCGAAAUCGUGAAGUGUGAGCUACAUCACUUCUCUGACGCAUCACUAAACGGCUAUGGAGCAGUGUCUUAUCUCAGAGCAAUAAACACAGAUGCGGAAAUUCAUUGUUCAUUCUUGAUGGGAAAGGCCAGAGUGCCACCUAUUAAAGAAAGCACCAUUCCGAGACUUGAGCUGUCCGCUGCGGUUGUAUCAGUAAAACUGAAUGAGACACUCCUACAAGAAUUAAACCUGAACAUCAUCAGUUUUACCUUUUGGACGGAUAGUACGAUUGUACUCCAUUACAUUAAGAGCGAGAGACUGCGGUUUCAAACCUUUGUUGCCAACAGAAUAAGUACAAUCCAGGAAUCGACUUCGUCGUCAGACUGGCGAUAUGUGAAAUCUGAACUGAACCUGGGUGAUUACUCAUCUCGCGGCAUGUACGCAAGUCAGAUUGUCAACUGCGGACAGUGGAUAAAGGGUCCAGAAUUCCUGUGGAUGGAAGAAAGCAAAUGGCCUGCAACUCCCGACCUGUUUGAUGUUGACCCGACAGAACUUGAAGUAAGGAAAAGCAAGGUUUUCUUUUCUGACAUUGGAAUGGAGGAGUAUGCUACAGACAGGCUAUUAAAGAGGUAUUCAUCCUGGAUCAAGCUGAAGAAAAUAGUUUGUUGGAUUCUAAGACUCAAACAAUGCCUUCUACUGAAAGUGAGUGGUUCGAAACAGAAACAGGACAAUAAAAUAUCCACAAAAUCUCUUUCAGUAGAUGAAAUGAGGACUGCCGAACUCGAAAUUGUGAAAUAUUUGCAGAAACGUCACUUCACAUCAGAAAUUCAAGAACUGAAACUAGGUCGAACAGUCAAGAAAUCAAGUCCUAUACACCAGUUAGAGCCAAUGAUCAGUUCCAAGGGAAUUCUCUGUGUUGGAGGCAGGCUAUCCAAUGCUCCUAUCACCGAGCAGGCGAAACAUCAGAUGAUUUUACCAAAAGAUCAUUAUGUCGGCCGACUGAUCGCCUAUCAUGCCCAUGAGAUCUUGGGCCACUCUGGGACUGAGCAUGUUUUAUCAUAUCUGCGACAAAGAUUCUGGAUAAUCGGGGCCAGAGUUAUGCUCAAAUCCAUAUUCAGGAAAUGUGUUCAUUGUCGGAAAAUUCAGAGUGCUAAGGGUGCUCAACAAAUGGCGCAACUGCCUACAGAUCGAGUUACGCCUCAUCGACCGCCAUUCACUUAUGUAGGUAUCGACUGUUUUGGGCCAUUCGAGGUAAAAAGGGCCAGAAGCAUUGUGAAGCGUUAUGGCUGUAUCUUUACGUGUCUAACUACCAGAGCAGUCCAUAUCGAGAAAUUGGAUUCAAUGAAUACAGACUCCUUCAUCGACGCACUUCGGCGAUUUGUGAUUCGCAGAGGCAAACCAGAGAAAAUUAGGACUGAUAACGGGUCUAAUUUCAAGGGAGCUUGCAGAGAGCUCAAAGAGGCAAUUCAAGCAUGGAACUUGAAACAAAUUGAUGAUUUUCUGACUAGGAAAGACAUUCAGUGGGAGUUUAACCCUCCAACGGCAUCCCAUAUGGGCGGUGUAUGGGAGCGGCAGAUAAGGACUGUGCGCAAAGUGUUGAAUGGACUGUUAUGCAGGGAAAAAGGACUGUCUGAUGAGUGUCUUCAUACACUCUUCUGUGAGGUUGAAGCAAUAAUCAAUAGCAGACCGCUCACUGAUGUAUCGGACAAUGUGCGGGAUGCAGAAGCUCUCACACCUAACCACUUGCUUCUAUUGCGGCAGGCGAGUUGA